UUUUGAAAGUGACCGGAAAUGACUAUUUGAGAAGUUCGAGAAGCGCCCUCAGCAGUUGGAGGCGGACGAACCGGAUCAACAAGAGGCGAUUUAACCAGACAACCUUGUAGAAAAGGGAAAGUUCGUAUCAGUCAACAUGGAACCGGUGUCGGUUUCUCUGUCUGCAGCUCCAGUGCAGGAGAUCGACGGCAGCGUCAUGGAGGGAGGCGGACAGAUCCUGAGAGUCUCCGCUGCGCUUUGUUGCAUCACCGGCACCGCAAUCAAAAUCAGCAGAAUCCGCGCCGGCAGAAGCACGCCCGGGCUCAGACCACAGCACCUCACUGGCCUACAGCUAGUCUCGGAACUGUGUUCUGGUGGUCUACAGGGAGCCAGCAUCGGCUCCACCGACAUCUGUCUGACUCCAGGAAAGAUUCGCUCUGGAAACCACACAGCCGACACACACACAGCAGGGAGUGUGUGUCUCCUGCUGCAGCUGGCUCUCCCCUGUGCUCUGUUUGCUGACUCCACAUCUCAGUUCAGUCUGAGAGGAGGAACUAACGCAGAGAUGGCUCCUCAGGUGGACUACACACUCAAGGUUUUUAAACCUAUCGUGGAGAAGUUUGGUGUUCACUUCAACUGUGACCUGAAGAUGAGAGGCUUCUAUCCUAAAGGUGGAGGUGAAUUGAUGGUGACGGUGAAUCCUGUCAAAGAGCUGCAGCCUGUCACCAUGACUGACAGAGGAAACAUCAUCAAGAUCCACGGACGAGCGUUUGUUGCUGGAGUCCUGCCCUUCAGAUUAGCGAAGGACAUGGCGUCAGCAGCUGUUCGAACCAUCAGGAAGGAAAUUAAAGAACUUUACAUCAACAUUCAGCCACUGCAGGAGAAAGACAAGGCCACUGGGAACGGCAACGGAAUCAUAAUCUUAGCCGAAUCAUCCACAGGUUGUUUAUUUGCAGGUUCAGCUCUAGGGAAAAAAGGAGUGACGCCAGAUAAAGUGGGGAUCGAAGCAGCGGAGAUGUUGUUGAGAAACAUCAGACACAACGGCUGUGUAGACGAGUUCCUGCAGGACCAGCUCAUCAUCUUCAUGGCGUUGGCGAAGGGAACGUCCAGAAUCAGAACCGGAGCAGUGACGCUGCACACACAGACGGCCAUUCACAUCGCUGAGCAGCUGACAGAGGCAAAGUUUACAGUAACAAAAUGUGACGAUGGACUGAGUUACAUCAUCGAGUGUCAGGGGUCAGGGGUCACCAAUGGUCAUUUGUAAACACACACACUGUACUACACACUAACACACAAUGUACCACACACACGUACCCACACUAAGACAGACACACACA